AUGCGGGGAGCCCGAGUGCGGCUGCUCCGGCGGGGCGCGGGACAGGACUCUCCUCCCAGCGCUGGGUCCUGGCAGACGCCCCAAGAUUGUUGUGAGGAGUCUAGCCAGUUGGUGAGCGCUGUAAUCUGAACCAGCUGUGUCCAGACUGAGGCCCCAUUUGCAUUGUUUAACAUACUUAGAAAAUGAAGUGUUCAUUUUUAAAAUUCCUCCUCCAAUUGGUUUAAUGCUGAAUUACUGAAAAGGGCUAAGCAAAACCAGGUGCUUUCUCUGUGGGCUCUCCAGUGGCUCGGAGCACCCAGGCUCUCCCCUCGUCCUCCCCACGACUGGCUCGUCCCCCUGGAAUAAACACACCGGCCAGCCCCACGCUCGCUCGGGCCCAGAGGGAGCUGAAGUUCAGGGCCGGCUCCGAGGUCCCGCGCUGCCAGCUUUCUCGUUUCCCCUUUGCCGCUCCCGCUCCCGCAUCUUGGACAUGCCAGGAUUAAAAAGGAUACUCACCGUUACCAUUCUGGCUCUCUGUCUUCCGAGUCCCGGGAAUGCACAGCAACAAUGCACUAACGGUUUCGAUCUGGACCGCUCGUCAGGACAGUGUUUAGACAUUGAUGAAUGCCGGACCAUCCCUGAGGCCUGCCGAGGAGACAUGAUGUGUGUUAACCAAAAUGGCGGGUAUUUAUGCAUCCCCCGAACAAACCCAGUGUACCGAGGGCCCUACUCGAACCCCUACUCGAACCCCUACUCAGGUCCGUACCCAGCAGCGGCCCCACCGCUAUCAGCUCCAAACUACCCCACGAUUUCGAGGCCUCUCAUAUGCCGCUUUGGAUACCAGAUGGAUGAAAGCAACCAGUGUGUGGAUGUGGACGAGUGUGCAACGGAUUCUCACCAGUGCAAUCCUACCCAGAUUUGCAUCAACACCGAAGGAGGGUAUACCUGCUCCUGCACCGAUGGCUAUUGGCUUCUGGAAGGCCAGUGCUUAGACAUUGAUGAAUGUCGCUAUGGCUACUGCCAGCAACUGUGUGCGAACGUUCCUGGAUCCUAUUCCUGCACCUGCAACCCCGGUUUUACCCUCAAUGAGGAUGGAAGGUCUUGCCAAGAUGUGAACGAAUGUGCAACUGAGAACCCAUGCGUGCAAACUUGUGUCAACACCUAUGGCUCUUUCAUCUGCCGCUGUGACCCAGGAUAUGAGCUUGAGGAUGACGGUGUUCAUUGCAGUGACAUGGACGAAUGCAGCUUCUCUGAGUUCCUCUGCCAGCAUGAGUGUGUGAAUCAGCCCGGCACGUACUUCUGCUCCUGUCCCCCCGGUUACAUUCUGUUGGAUGACAACCGGAGUUGCCAGGAUAUCAACGAGUGCGAGCACAGAAACCACACGUGUAACCUGCAGCAAACUUGCUACAAUCUGCAAGGGGGCUUCAAGUGCAUUGACCCCAUCCGCUGUGAGGAGCCUUAUCUUCGGAUCAGCGAUAACCGCUGUAUGUGUCCCGCUGAGAAUCCUGGCUGCAGAGACCAGCCCUUUACCAUCUUGUACCGGGAUAUGGAUGUGGUAUCGGGACGCUCCGUUCCUGCUGACAUCUUCCAAAUGCAAGCGACGACCCGCUACCCUGGGGCUUAUUACAUUUUCCAGAUCAAGUCUGGGAAUGAGGGCCGAGAAUUCUAUAUGCGGCAAACGGGCCCCAUCAGUGCCACCCUGGUGAUGACACGCCCCAUCAAAGGGCCGCGGGACAUACAGCUGGACUUGGAAAUGAUCACAGUCAACACGGUCAUCAACUUCAGAGGCAGCUCCGUGAUCCGACUGCGGAUAUAUGUGUCCCAGUACCCGUUCUGAGCCCCGGGCUGGGGUCUCUGACACUGCCUCUCAGCAGCACCCAGGGACAGGAGAAGAGAAGAAACGAGAGGGAGGGUGACGUGGGACAGAUGUUACGCUUUUCUUGCUGACCGCCUCCCGAGGAGUCGGCCCCGAAUGUCCUGACGCUGCCUGUCCCCUUGUAGACCCGUCGCUCUGAAGGACAUGCUUCCCCCAGUUCUUACGACGCAGUUAUCGAAAAGUAUUAUCAGCGCCCUGACCUGAGAUCGACGGUGAUUUUUCAAGGCCUAUCAGUUUAUUUUCAUAUUUUUCGAAGGAAAUAGAUUAGCUUCGCUGGGGUCUGAGUCCGCGUUCAAAGACUGUGAACGGCUUCCUGUCACUUCUCGCUGAUUGCUUCUUUGCCGAGGCCCGGAUUGCUCACGGGGACGCGGGGUAUAGCUAGCUGCUUCUUGUAUGCACAGAGAAGGCUGCGGAAAGAAACCACAGCAGGAUCUAGGGGUUUUCACAGAGUCUAUUUCAAAACAUGUGUGGUAUUUUCAGCCACGAGAGAAGGUUUAGUUGUCCUUACGUUUGUAUAACUGUCUAAUCCUUUCUUGUGCAUUUUGAGUAUAUUUUUUUUUUUUUAAAUAAGUGGUAGAAUUCCUUAAGAAGGCCUUCAGACACAUGUUAUGUUCUGACUUCCCAAACCCAGUCUCCUCUCCAUUCUACCCCGGUGUUUUCUUCGAGGACCCCUUACUCAUGUUUUCUUUAGAAUUUUUACCCAACUGGGCUGGAAGGCAGAGGUCUCUAAACUGAUUAAAUAUUUGAAGAGAU